AUGUUAUGGAAGCUCAAGGAACGGCUCGAGGACACGCUGCUGACCAUGAAGAAGAUUGCUGAAAGUCACAAGGAGAAUAUGAUCAAAGACAUACUGGAAGAUUUACCCGACGACAAGAACCUUUCCAUCUUAGUAGAACCACUGCGUGUACCGAUCACGGAACGAUUGCACUUGAGACUGGUCCCUCCUCAUCCUGAUAGCUCUUUCAGUGUUGAUUGA